GGCCGGCAGAGCACGCCCGCCUGUCCAUCAUUGACAAGCAGCCGCAGAGUUCUUUUAGAAUGGAGAGAAGGAGCCACAGCGUUCCAAGGCGCCUUUGUGCCAUGGCGACGUCACCGAGCGAAGGAGGAGGCGGGCCUCUGGGAGAAGUCUUAUUGGCUACUAGGAGAUAAUUGUGUUGCAGCAGCAGCAGGCGCCAGUGCUCAGCCUCCCCUCCCUCUCCCACACCGUGUAAGAGGCGAACCGUGGGAAAGCGAUGGCUGGGACUUAACUAGAGGCAUUGCCAGAGGAGGCAGCAGUGUGUCACUGGCCAGUCAGCACUACACAGUGACAGCAGCAGCAGCAGCAGCAGCAUAUCAGCAGCACCACCACCAGGGAGUCACCAGCUCCCUGCCACCACCUGCAGCAAUGAAGAGGACCCACGACUACAGCUCCUCGGACAGCGAGCUGGACGAGAAUAUAGAAGUGGAGAAGGAGAGUGCAGAUGAGAAUGGGAAUCUGAGUUCAGCUCCUGGUUCAAUGUCUCCAUCGACCACUUCCCAGAUUCUGGCAAGAAAGAGGCGCAGAGGGAUCAUUGAGAAGCGUCGUCGGGACAGGAUUAAUAAUAGCCUGUCUGAGCUGAGGAGACUGGUGCCCAGUGCAUUUGAAAAACAGGGUUCAGCAAAGCUGGAGAAAGCUGAGAUUCUGCAGAUGACAGUGGAUCACCUGAAGAUGCUGCACACUGCAGGGGGUAAAGGUUACUUUGAUGCCCAUGCUCUUGCAAUGGACUAUCGUAGCUUGGGUUUCAGAGAAUGCCUUGCCGAAGUUGCUCGGUAUCUAAGCAUAAUUGAAGGUCUGGACAGUGCUGACCCUCUCCGGGUACGACUUGUUUCUCAUCUCAACAACUAUGCCUCCCAGAGAGAAGCUGCCAACAGUGCCCACACCAGCAUUGGACACAUUCCCUGGGGCGGUGCCUUUGGGCACCAUCCUCACCUAUCUCACCCUCUACUCUUGGCACAGACUCCACAUUCAAAUGCAAGCAGUACAACAUCUUCCACAGACGCUCACCACCAGAGCAGGCUACCUGGGUCACCACACGCUGAGUCCUCCACACUGCGAGUUUCUUCUAAUGGGAGCCUCACGUCAGUUCUUCCAGUCGUCACUCCCUCAAAACUGUCACCCCCACUCUUAUCCUCAAUGGCUUCUCUUUCGGCAUUCCCAUUUCCUUUUGGAUCCUUCCAUUUACUGUCCCCCAAUGCACUGAGCCCUACGGCACCAGCACCGACGGGCAAACCCUACAGACCCUGGGGGACAGAGAUCGGAGCGUUUUAAGACAUUAAUAUGAACUCACUAGAUUUUAUGCAAAGGGUGAUCUGGAGGGGGGGAUUCUGAAGUCCAGCUGUGCUGGGUCUCUCAUAAGGGCAUUUACAAUGUAUAUGCCAACAGGUGUGAUACAAUGGUACCAUUGAAAAUUGUUUCUCUUUAGAAAAACAACAACAAUUGUUAUCUAUUUUUAUUUCUUAAUCAGCCUUUCUUGAACACUGUUCAUUGCGAUGAUAUAACAAAACUGAAGUAGGUGCUGGCUGAAUACUUAAAAGGCUUUGUAUAUGUAAUAUUUUCAAUUUAUGUCAUGACAGUGGGACAUUUUUAACCAAUAGUUUAGGGGUUUUCAGCAAUCUUCCUAUUAAAACGAUGACCUGUCGUAGUCUUAAUUUGUGGAGGUAACACAGUACUUAUUUUGCUAAUCGUUUUGAGUUGAGAUAUUCUAUUUGAGAUAUCCUUGCUAUGUAACUAUUAUUUUGGAGUUUUAUAUUACCAAGCGUUGACAAAUCACAUUUACCAGCUUUACCCAACUGCAAACCAAGUAGCGCAAGGUUACACUACUUACGAUGCACAGGUAUCUGGAAUAUCCAACCUAUUCAACAGAAUCUCUAAUUUCUAAUAUAUUUGAUUGUCUGCUGCACUAGAACUUUAUUUAACAAGUAGACUAAUUUAAAAACGGAACCCUCUACGAUUGUAUAUAACACUUCUGUGCAUGAAUGCAUCAUUGCCUGAAAGGUGAGCUCUACUGUACUGGGUUUAAUCACUGUUGUAAUGGUCUACUGUGACUAAAUAAAAGAGUCCAAGUGUGAGAUUUUUGAA